GUAUAAAAGUGGACGUCUAGAGUAUAAUUAAUAUGAUUUCUAUGUACUCAUGGUACCAUUUGCGACAUUUGAAAUGAAGAAGGUUAAUACUUAAUAUUAUAACUUCUCCUAAAUUUUGCAAUUUAAACUGCUUUGACCUGGAAUUUCCAAAGCCCCUAAAUUAUCCGAAUGCUGAAAAUCAAGGUUCUCAAACCCCAAUCCAGCUAACCGAUUCAACCGGGUCUAACGGGAACCAUUCAUCUAAACGGUUGGAAUACACUUCGGUUAGACGGUUAAACAAAAAAGUGAAAAUGAGUUUGACAAGUCAAAAUUGGGUUAAACCAUUUAAAAUCAGGUAGUCCGACUAGUCAAAAUCGGGUUUGAAGAUGAGGAUUGAUAAAUUUGUAAUAUAUAUGUUUAUUUCGAAAAAUAUGUCAAAUUAAGUUUUCUUACAAAUUAUAUUAAAACCGAUUUAAAUUUGUAAAAUUUAACACGACCCUUAAAUCUCAAACCAAUUGUCAAACCGACCUGAUGAGUUAAUCAAGUUUGAUAACCUUUGUUGAAAAUUAGGGCUGAAUUUUCGGUUAUCUCGGUUAUAACCGAUAACCGAAAUGUCGGUUACUGGUUAACCACGACGACAAACACGCCUACCGCCAACCGCCCGACGGAACCCAUCGGUUAUCCGACAACCAACUGGUCGGUUAUCGGUUAGUUGCUUGGUUAACCGAGUUAACCGCAACAAGACAGCUGGCUGCUGGUGGACUGGUCGGCGGAUGAACAGCGGUGGGGGACUAUGGCUAGCGACGGAGGAACGGCGGCGGAGGACUGUGGCUGCGGCGAGUUGUGACUAUGGCUGGCGACGCUAGAACGACGGCUAUUGCUGCUAGUGGACUGGUCGGGGUCUCAGGGAGGAGAUGGCGGAGCAGCAGGGGCUGGGCGCGGGAUGUGGAGGGAGAUGGCGGAGUAGCAGGCGCCGGGCGCGGGUCUUGGAGAUUCGCCUUGGCGUUCGCCGUGUAGCCUGAACAGUUCAGGCAGGGGAGAAGAGAGUUAGGGCAGGCGAGCGGCGGCAGAGACUUCUCAUCGCGUCGCGAUGCAGAGAAGAGAAGGAAAGGGGACGAGAUGGGCAGGUGACUGGAUUUAGGGUUAGGUCUUGACUCUUACGGCGUCGUUUUACAAAAAAUGAGGGGGGUUAGAUGCGUCGGUUAGUUAGUUAACUGACGGUUAUCGCCCUCGAUUAGCCGGUUAACCGCCGCAUCUAACUUCCCUACCGAACACCGUCGACCACAUAAUUUUUGGUUAACCGAUAACCACCGAUUAUCGGUUUAACCGACCGGUUAACCGGCAACCGAUAACCGAACCUCUAGCCCUAGUCGAAAUAAUUGGUCUAUUAGGGUCUUCCUUUCUCGCGGAAAAUUCAACCCGAUCUGCUCCUGGACAAAUUUCACGAUUCAGAAAGAAGAAGAAAAAAAGUGAAGGAAAGCCAGAAGAAGACGAAGGCAGAGUUGUUCCUUUCUUCCGCCAUCUGAAACUCCGGCCUCCAUCGUAGAACUCGCCGGCGAUCCGUACCUUCGUUUGAAAAAAAUGAUCCGGUUCAUACUUCUACAGAACAGGCAGGGGAAGACUCGUCUCGCCAAGUAUUAUGUACCUCUCGAGGAUUCGGAGAAGCACAAAGUCGAGUACGAGGUUCAUCGGCUGGUGGUCAAUCGGGAUCCCAAGUUCACGAAUUUCGUUGAGUUCCGGACGCACAAGGUGAUCUACCGACGGUACGCUGGAUUGUUCUUCUCGCUAUGUGUGGAUAUAACAGAUAACGAGUUGGCUUAUUUGGAAUGCAUCCAUUUGUUCGUCGAGAUAUUGGAUCAUUUCUUCAGCAAUGUGUGUGAGCUUGACUUGGUCUUUAACUUCCACAAGGUUUAUUUGAUACUUGAUGAAUUCAUUCUUGCUGGAGAGCUCCAAGAAACAAGCAAGAGGGCUAUCAUAGAGAGAAUGGGAGAGCUGGAGAAGCUGGAGUAAAUAUAGUGUUUCUCUACUGAAGAGUGUUACUGAGUGGAGUUCACCCAAUUCUGCGAUUUUCCAUUUGAAUAUCCAGUUUCUUCUUCCCAUUUGAACAUCCGGUUUCCCCCUCACCAUAUCAAGCAUUGUAAUCAUAGGGAAAAUUAAUGCUUUAUUUCGUUAGGCAUUGAAUUCUUUCGCAUGUUGAAUGUCAGCUGUGUGUUUCUCUGAUUCCGACUAUCCCGAAUUUCACUCGUUUCAAAGAAUGUCAAUUGUAUACAAAUAUCAAGUUGUAAAGACAAAACGGUGACGCGAAAUUUUGAUUCAUGUAUAUGAUUUUGGUUGUGUGAGUUCUCUGCAUCCUGGUAAAAUGGUUGUUCAAGAGAAAGAGAUUUCUAGUGAGGUAGAAGCUCCGGCUACAACCAUGUACUGAGCUGCCACGAGAAACUGAGAGAUUCCUAAAGUUUGUGCUUGCUGCUGCUGAUGGUCUUGUACGAGUUGCUGAAUUGUUAGGUAAAUUAGGCUAGGAGAAACAUAUAGUGGUCUGCAGAUGAAGCUGAGUCUAUAGUUCACGCAUGGAGGCUGGCCAAGCAUCGGCAUUUGAUAGAACCCGGAGAGUCGAGUUCUAUCUAGUUGAGAGUUCUAUCUAGUUGAUUCGUGGGGUUCGUAGGAAUGGAAGAAGAAGUAGUGGGGGAGAAUUGGGGAAAGGAAAGGAAGAAGCAGAAGAAUUGGGAAAAGGAAAGGAAGAAGCAGAAUGCUGCUCGGCAGCCAAGGAAGUGUUGGAAGAGGGAGGUCGACAGAGGCAUUAGAGAGAGAGAGUUUAGGAAUUAGGCUUUAGGUUUAAUCUUGCUUAGUGGUCUAAUCCCACGAACAAGUAGUUUAUAUAAAAAUGGAUAAUUCCUUACUGCUACCUGACUUAUUAAAUAUUCUCCAAUUCCCGAAAUAGUUCCAAUGAUCCGAAAUAGCAAUAAACCGACAAUAAAUCAAAAUACUAAAGUGUAAGUUUUCAUCAUCCCCGCUUUUUUCGAAAAGCAACCUUGUCCCCAAGGUUGUUCCUCUAGCUCACUGGGUCUCCUCCUCUCCAUUUUCGACGUCUUCAAUCGCGUCCUCUACUUCGUCUACCCAGCGUCCGACGAGCAUCAUCAGGUCCGGCUUCGUGCAUUGAUGGCCAAUGGUGAACCGGCCAUCACAAUUGAAGUACUUGCCCUCUCGCCUCUUUUGCUCGAUCUCGGCCGGAGAGAGCCGCACUAACCCGUUUGGUACGGGCCGCGGCCCCAAUCUGGUCACUGGCACAGUGUUUCCACUCCCGGUGUUAGCUCCUUAUGCACUUCCUGCUGCUGAUCCUCCCCCGCUGCUUCAUGGUGAGAGAAGAAAAUAUUGGUAAAAAUGAAUUUUGAGAUUUAGAUUAAAAACUUGUGUAAUUCCAAUUCCAAUCCAAAUCGUGAUAUUUAUCCAAAUGUCUUUGAACUAAGAACCUCAUUAUCGAAAUGAAACUUUUGGCUCUAAUCUCUCCUCUAAAAAAUCAUUAAUCCGAACGAUACCUAAAUUUGAUUUCUUUGUCCAUUUGCCUUCAUCUUUUCAUCAAUUUAGGGUUGAGGUUGUGUUGAAGUGAUAUUUUGGUUUACUCCAAUAUCUUAAAAAAUGAAAACUUACUCACCUAGAUAUGUAGUUACUCUCAAUAAUUUAAAAUAGUAACAAACAUGGCCUUACUAGUGUUAAUUGUUAACAUUGGCUUAUUAUAUCAUCACCUCAUGCAUAAGACAUUUAAUUGAAAGAAUCAAAUUUUACUCAUGCU